CUCGUAAGAAAUUUUCAUCCUCGGUGGAACCAACAUGUCAGUGUACCGGGCUCCCAAGAUCCAAGCUACGAAGUUCCGUUCUGAUCUAUGUAGUCCAUCGGUAACAUCUGGAUGAUGGAUGCAGCGCCGUUUAAGCACGUCGUCAGGUCGCCGUUGUCAAUUCUUCUCAGUGUUCCUCGUGUACCCGAUAAAUAUCUCCACAAUGAAUCUGUCAAGUCUGAGUGUCGUAAACCUAGAGAGCUUGGCCGAGUCAGUGGCCGCUCGGGAGUCGUCGAUCAUAUCCACGCCUACACUCUCGACCACGUCCACAUUGUCUGCGAUUAGUAAACCAACGCUUACUCCGACAAAGAGUGACGGUGAUGAGGUCGGAACAGUUACUGCUACAAAAACUACCGUAUCUUCGCCCGUUGUUUCUUCGGGAAGCACCGACUCCUCCAGUAAGGCAACUCCACUGGCAGCGGUGAUCGCUGGCAGUGUAAUCGGAUCAUUGGCCUCUGUUGUUGUCCUUGCUCUACUUUUCGUCCUCUGGCGAAGAAUAAAAGGUCGCAACAGGGUUGGCAACAACACGAAGACUAUUGAGCCGUUCUUUUCCCCCAGGAUACGAUCAUCAUCUCUCUUCACGCGGCCCAUAUCCGUCUCAACUAUUGAAUCUCUCACGUCCGGGUCACCUCCCUCAGCUCCGAGAAGACUAUCUCAGUCUUCUCGAAAUGCGUACGAAGAAGAGAUCGAGCAGUUACGACAACAAAUCAGGGACAUGGAUGAGCAGAUGGAGAUCAUGCACAAUGGUUCUUCGCCGCCAUCUUACCACUCCCGUCGCAGGAGUGAAGUUUCAGAUCCUUUUGCUUCUCCCUCGCCGCCAUAA